GCUGUCAAACAGAAAAAAAACGGCAUCAAAAUGCCAAAAAACUUGCAAUGAAAAACAUGGAACAAAAAAUAUUAUAAAAAAGCACUUUCAUGGGCUUGUUCAUGUUUCCUUGUGCAAUAUUUUUUAAUCGAAUGUAACACAACUGUUAAAGAAACCUAUAAACUAGUGUAAAUUAGUUCAAACUGCGGUGCGCAAAUUAGAAUCGCCCAAAACCGAAACGGAACCGUGAUUUAGAACGGCAAAUAGCUUCAAAGCAGAAAGAGACAGAGGCGUUAAUCCAGUGCAACCAUACUGGAAUUUGGUUGAAUUCCUGUAGUGUCCUAUAAGUGGAACCAGAUAAAAUAUUAUCAUAAAUCAUACUCGCUCCUUGAUUGCCAAACACCAUCAACAUGCGCAGCCGAACGGAAAUGGUAACCACAACUCUGGACGGUUCCGACUUUGAUGAGGAAACGGAUUUCGAAGACUCCGAGGAAGACUGGAGACCAGAAAAGGGAGAUCCGAAAGCACUGAAGCGUAAAACACGCGAUUUACUAACCGGAACUAUCGGUGGGAAGCGUGGUGGUCGCAACAAAGGCAAUCGGCGAGGUCGCAAACCAGCAGCAAAAAGUGGUCCUGGAAGACGACGAACGUUCGCCGAUGACGAUGAUGAAGAUGACGACGACGAGGAAGACGAUCGUUUCGAUAGUGACGGUAGCGGAAGUUCCACCCCACCGGUUCCCAAACGUGGGCGAAAGUCUUCCACGACUCCACAGCGAGCGUACGGUCGGAAAAGCGACGGUAAGACACCACCGUCCACUUCGAAGGGAUCGAUAGGGCAGGUGAAGUUAAGUCCCAGCUCGUCCGUGUCGGGAUUAGAUUCUUCCGGAGCCGAACAUUCAGUUAAACCGAUUCAACGAAAAGUGGCCAACAUGACCGGCAGCUACCCAGACAAAAGCGGUUACCUAAAGCUGUUUGCUUUUCGCGCAGAUCUGGAAGAAGGCAUACGGGACAAUCUGAAGGUGUGUCUUUGGCGUCGAGACGGUUCCAGUUUGCUGCAGAAAUAUUUCCGCGAUAAAUCAGUCGAUGCCAGCACUCCACAGUUUACGUCUUCUAUGGUGUACUCCUGUUGGGAGGAUAAACAGGCCGAUAAGUAUAUGGAAGUGAAGGUGCGCUGUAUCGAACAGUCGAAACAGUUGCGUGUACAGAUCAUUGACGUUGAAGCAACCGAGAGCCGAGCGAAGGAAGAGUACCAGAAGUACGUCGAGAAAUAUGGUAAAACGAUCGAAGAUCACGACACAGACCGGUCAAACGGAAAUCGUUCCGGAUCGGCAUCUUCGGGUGCGAAAAAAACACACGACCAUGGCAGCAACAAUGGCGACAACGAUAAUGAAGAGGGCGAUGGAGAACAGGACCAAGACGAUGAAGAGUACGAUGCAGAGGAGCCUGACGAUGAGAUGCAGGGCGUGGAAGGCAGCGAUGAUCCAUCGCAAGAAGAAUGAGAGUAGGGAAAACGGUAUGGGGUCGGUGCUAAUAAUCUCCACAGCAUGGUUCCUCCUCGGGAGUGAUAAAGGGUAAGACGAUCAGCUUAAUAAUUUAUAACCAUUCGUGUGUACCGUAAUUCAACUAGCUUCCUUUUUGAGACGGAUACGGAAACGAAUCGUGAAGAAUGAUGCCCCUAAAAGGGCACAACUAUUCGCCCAAAACUCGUGCGAACAAUCUUUGUGUUAGGCAUUACGUACUAAGCUAACCGUAUUCUAUUACAAACAAACUAUUUGCACACCUUUUAGCAUAAAUAAGCGUAGCGACGGAUACUCGUGUAAAUGUUCACAUUUUAAAUGUUAAUGUUUAUGGAACCGUACUUGACUGAGUAGCAUGAAAAUCGUAUUAUUACUAACCUCCCACCCUCCCUCGUUACAUCCGGUCGAUGGCGUCUCUGCAAUUAGAAGCGGCUGUGUGGUGUGCGCCCAAACUCUUGAUCGAAACAUGUGGCACAACAAUUUAAAAUAUAUGUCCGCUUAGUGGGUAAGAGCGAAAGGGAGAGAUCAUUGCGUAAUUUUCAACUUAAGAAUGAAAAUAUCAUAAUAAAAACGAUUCAUUGUUUUAAAUGAAACUAUCUAAA